UUUCAGUUCACACACUCGUUCACUCGUAUGCUCUUCUGGGAUAUAAUUUCUCACCACGUCAGCUGAAGUGCACGCACCCACACUGUAUGAUAAAUAAUUUUAUACCAUAAUGGUAGGCUACUGUCCAAUCUGUGGGAAGCCCGUUUACUUUGGUGAGAAGAAGAGGUCCUUGGGGAGGGACUACCACCCGUUGUGUCUGAAGUGUCAGAGGUGCAACAGACAGCUCACAGCUGGACAACAUGCAGAGUAUGAUGAGAAGCCAUACUGUUCACACUGCUACCUGAAGAUAUUUGGUCCAAGAGGUAACAGGUGACUGGUGUCACCCCGGCACAGUGCAGUGCUUCGUCACAGACACUGAGCCAAAAUGGACAGACGCUGGCAUAUAGAGGACGCACAGGGCCUGUUUAUUGGCCAAAAUAAUAAAGAGAAUUAAUAAAUAAAUAUAAAUGAUACAAAAAUAUCCAUAGCCAUCUUUUUAAUUUCCACUAUAUUAAGUAUUUAUGAAUGUGUGAUGAUCACUCUAUCACCUGUGUGAUUGUUCAAUUUUUAAAUGCUAGUUAAUUUUGCAGGUAGAAAAAAUUUUAGGCAGUAUUAAUAAAUGCAUUGUUA